AUGGAGGAGAAGGGACUGCAGGACGACGCGCGCUACAGCCAGCUGCUGGCUAUCCGCGCCAAACACCAACAGGCAGCUGGCUACCGGCACCCGAGUCAGAUGAACGGGCCUCGGCCGCCGCCGCCGGGUGCUGAGCGGCCCGGACCGCCCGGCCCCCCUCCGCCGGGCCAGCCGGGAGCGCCGCCCGGCCCGCCCGGACCGCCGCCCGGCAGCAUGUUCCAACAGCAGCAGCUGCAACAGCUGAAAGCGCAGAUCAUGGCCUACCGGCUGCUCGCUCGUAACCAGCCCAUUCCGACCAACUACCUGAACCUCGCAAUCGCAGGACGUCUUGCAUGA